AUGGAACAGAAGUGGCCCACGGGCCAGGAGUUUGGGACCCCUGCCUCCAAGAUCUUUCAGGCCAUUGGCUCUGCACUGAAGAGGAUUACGGUGGAGGCGGAGGCACUUGAAGGCACCAUUCCCUGGCAGGACGAGGUAGAGAUCCCGCAGGAGGAAGAUGAUACGAGGCCCAAACCAAAAGUUCUUCCUCCACCGAUCUCUAUGUCAAAGAUACCAGAGGGAGACAAAGUCGACUUUGACGACAUCCAUAAGAAACGUCAGGAGAAAGAUCUGACGGAGCUCCACUCUCUGAUCGAGGCCCACUUCGGCCAGAGGAAGAGAGACGAGGAGGAGCUGGUGGCUCUCGUUAAAAGGAUUGAGCGGCGUCGUGCUGAGCGGGCUGACCAGCAGAGGAUCCGUGCUGAGAGGGAGAAGGAGCGGCAGGCUCGCCUCGCUGAUGGUAAAAAAGGAGCAAAGAAGCAGACGGAGCGAGAGAAGAAAAGAAAGAUUUUGGCUGAGAGGAGGAAGCCACUGAACAUCGACCAUCUGAACGAGGACAAACUGAAGGAGAAGGCCUCAGAGCUGUGGCAGUGGCUGAUGACCCUGGAGUCCGAGUGGUUCGACCUCUCCAAGAACCUGAUGAGACAGAAAUAUGAUGUUAAAGUGCUUCAGUCACGCAUUCAGAACAACCAGAGGUAA